AUGUCGCUGGCGACAAGCGUGGCUGCCGCGCUGCGGGAAUCGGCGAAGACUGAGGCCGAGUUGCACGGUCUCGCUGAAGCCGUUGAAGUCAUGAAAGAAAUCUUGGCUCAGGUUUCUGUGAAUCCAGGCUACAAAGAUCACACUGCUGCGGCAUCCUUUUGUCAUUGCUGCUUGUAUACGCUUCGCGCUAUACUUUUGGACUGGAGCAUCUCAACCACUGCAGUGCAAACGAUGCCGCUAGCAAAGAUGCCAAAGAUCGAAGGCAAUGCUGUGUGGCACGUCGAGCAUCCCAACUGUCGGAUCUUCCUGGCAGAGGUUCAAAGCAGCAUGCGGUUCCUCACCCUUCAUUCGAAGGCAUUCGAAGGAUACGAGGAAGCAAACGACGCAAAAGUGUUCUGCCAUGACCGGAUCUGCUGCUGCACCGUGGAUUCGUUUGAUGAAUGUGGAGGGCAGCGGUGGAUCAUGUUGAUCAGCAUCCCCAACACAAAUGACAACUCGAACAUGUCCAAUGGGAGUCGCAACGAUGCCAUGGAUCGAACCGGCUUGCGGCAGGCCUUGGCCCGCUAUAGUGAGACAAGCAUUUUCGCAGUGAGAAAGUUGCUGUCUGGGGAAAAUCCCUCUGCACGCAGUGGCAGCUUCAAACGUGCCGCAGCGGAAGUGCUUGGACCAUAUCGCCAGUGCUAUCAGCCAGUCAAUGUGCCGAAUGUCGAAGCUGACCGGCCGGAUGUGACAUUCUACAUGGCUGAUUUGAAAAAAAUUCUUUGUCUGCUUGCGCAGCGCUGCGAGUCCUUCUUGCAACUUCUGCGACAGCCGGGUGCGCCGGAAGUGCGGCUUGAAGCAUUUCUGGCGCACGAUGAGUGCACAGCUGGCAACGUUCUGAACCCGUUGCAAACGCAAAAAACAUUGCUGUUCUAUUGCACCUUUUCCCUUUUGCAAGACACCUUUGUGAGCAGCCGAAGCUGGAUUCCGGUGGCAGCCAUUCCACACUGUGAUCUAACUUCUUGCCGUGGUGGCAUUGGUGCUGCAACUGCAACGUUUUUGCGCCGCUGGGAUCAAGAUGGGCUCGAUGUUCCUUUUGAUGUUGCGCCCGGAGUGCGCGCAUCAGUCCACCUGCAAGGAUUUGUGAGCGACGGAGACAGUCAAAGGGCUGCAUUUUCUGCUAAAGGAUCUGCAGGCCUGAAGCCGUGUACCUUUUGUGCCAAUGUUCUGAAACGUGGCUGCGCCGCAGCUGAACGGGAUCCAAACUUUGUGACCAUAAGUGAACAUAACUUGGCUAAAUUUCAGUUGUAUGAUGCGCGGGAAUUGGAAGCGGCCAUUGUGGCCUGGCUAGCUCGCAAGCCCGCCAUGACGAAGCAUGAAAUUGAUCUCAGGGAACGAUGUUUAGGUUUCCGGCUGGACGCAGACGGAAUCUGGGGCUGCGGCACCGCAAGAAGGAAGCUGACCAUCGACAUGGCCCUGAAUGACUCCAUGCAUUGCUAUUUUAGCACUGGCAUCGUCAACACGGAACUUGUCUUGUUCCUUGGACAAGCAUGGAAAGUGGCAAAAAUCAAAACAGAUGAUCUUCUGGAAACGAUGAAAGCUGCAGCUUGGCGCAGACCAGGGAAACCGUCUGCAGUCUCUGAACUGAAACGCUUAUUUGGUCAUCAACUCUUUGGGGAGGAAAUAUACAAAGGAUCAGCUGAACAAACCAAAUUGAUUUUGCCGCUUCUCCGAUGGAUUGCAGAAGCAUGGCUACAACGCAUGCCAUCCAUGAAAGAGUCUGCAGAAUGCUUUCUGGCUCUUUGCCGCUGCACAGACCAAUUGCAGCUGUGCAAUGCAGAGACUCGGUGGUCAACACUGGAACAAGCCCAGUGCCACCAUCAAAGACUGUUUUCGGCAUUGUAUCCAGACUCGGUACGUCCAAAACACCACCAUAGGCUUCACCUGAGCCAGCAAUAUGAAAAACUCAAGAUGCAAAUAUCGUGCUGGGGCGUCGAAGCAGCGCACCAAUCCUACAAGAAAUGCUUCGCCGACAAUUUCGAUCAUCUCCUGCAGCCUGGAACAGAAGGCAUGUACAGUCGACAUAUCAUGCCGCGUUUGCUGCUACGAUACAUGGAAAUGUGCAAUGAAACGCCCUUCCUAACGAAUGGGUUCCAGUUGCUAUCUCCAUUCGAUGAAGCUGCUGUCGAAUCCGCUACGGGAAUCAAAGAUGCUUCCAUCAGUGCCAAAUGCCGGACCCACGUCAUGGAAAUAAAAGAGAAUGAUGUGUUGCUAUGGGGAAAAGAACGGGACCAAGGAGGCAUCAUUCGUUUCUUCCUCGUGCGUAACAACAAGUUAUUCUUGUAUGCGACUCCCCUGGAGUUGCGAGACAAGACAGAAGCAACAAGAACGUUUUCCUCCAAGGCCUUAGCGGCACAAGAGCUGUACAAGAAGGGCUGGAAAUAUCAGAAGUCCGAAAAGCUUUGGUACCUGGAGCAUCAGCCGCAGGUUGGUGAGCCGAGAUGGUACGUUUGGGAUCCAAAUACCUGGGAAAGAAAGGAUGCCCGACCCCAGGACUUUUCUUCGAACCAAUUCCUGACAGAGGAGGAGGUCCAGGUGCGAUUCCCUCAGAUGCCUCAGUGA